AUGAAAAUCGUUGUAUUUGAUUUGGUGGUUAUUAUUAUAUUUCAUCUUCAAUCAAAAGUUCAAUCAAUACAUAAUAAGAAAAAUAGUAGUUUACCUUUAUUUAUAAUUAACGAUAGAAAUAAUAAAACAAUCCAAAGAAAAAAACAAAAUAAAAAUUUUAAAACAUAUAUAUGGGGUUAUCCUAUAUACGAUGAUUCCCCUUUUAAAUUGAGAAGGCCCAAAGUAUAUCCUAAUUUUGAAUAUGGAGAAUUAAGAAAAUCACAAGAUUUUGAUUAUGUUAUAAGUACCAAUAUAAGUCAAAAUAACUAUCAAAUUCCAGACGUUGGCUAUUUGUAUAAUGUGGAUGAAAUGGGCACAGGAAGAACAGAUGAUGUCCAUACACCUAUUGAAAUGGUUUUUGGUGGGGAUAUUGAUAUGAAGGAAGUUGAAAAAAUUAAAACUGUCUUGAAUGUUUUUGACCAAGGAAAUGGAAUGGGUAUUUGUACAUUAAUGGGAGCUAAAAGGGGGCACUUUGCUUUUAAGUACAAUGGCUAUUUGUGUCAUUUUCACGGAAUUAAAAGUUACUUAAGGUUCUUAAUUAAUAGACAUUACCCUGGGGCCAAAGUAACUAUGAUUAGUGAACAUUGGAUAGACCCAAUAGAUGAAGCCGUUUGUGUUAGGCAUAGUAAUAUUCCCUUUUCAAAAAUCGGACAUCAAAGAAAAUUAUUAUAUAAUAAAUACGAUUACAUAUAUGAAAAUGAUAAAAAUAAGAGGAUAUAUAAAGCAGAAAACAAAAGUAAUAUGUGGGCAUUUUAUAACGAUCCUCAAAUGCUAACAUAA